GUAAUUGAGCCAGCCUGGAUUUCUCGACAUUUAACGAAAGAACGAAUACUGAAACUAGAUCAUCCUGCGGGCGGACUCGAGUGUGAGGCGAAAGGAUUUCCAGCUCCCAGCUUUCAGUGGUUCAAGGAUGGGGAACCGAUUGAUACGAAACGUUAUAAAAUAGAAAGUGUUAUCGUUAAGUCGAGUUGCUCAUCUGGCGACUACUGCUCGCAGACUGUUACCAGUACGUUAAUCUUCGCAAAA